UACUCUAUCCCUCACUGGCCCCCUCCAUCACCACACCCUGCACUCAAGUUAUGAUGCAGUUCAUGGGUAGCGUACUUUUGCCCUACAUUACCACUGGGGCUCCACCACAGAUUUUAUUUGAGCCCAGAGCUCAUUGUGGAUUAAACAUCAGCUGAAAGGACUCACUCCAGGUGAAACGAGAUGGCAGAGUAUGGUGCAGAGGGUGAAGUAACUCAGAGGCGUCUUGGUGUCAAGGAACAGCAGAAUGGAGAGCUGACAGACUCAGAGCUUCCUGUAGAUGAGAGAAAGCAGAGGGACAGGGAGGAGCGUGAAGCCCUGGUGUUAUGGAAGAAACCUCUUCUCACACUCCACUACUUCACUCUGGAACUGCUCAUCACUAUUAAAGAGUGGAUAUGGAGGCUCUGGCAACAAAGACAGACUGUGUUUGGCCUACUGAUCCUGCUUAUCCUCCUCUCCAUUGCCUAUCGUAUUGAAGGAACACACCAGAAGCAUGUGCGUUACAUAGAGAAGAAGACGCUGUGGUGCGCCUACUGGGUCGGCCUGGGCAUCCUCUCCUCGGUAGGUCUUGGCACUGGCCUGCACACCUUCCUCCUUUACCUGGGACCACACAUAGCAUCUGUGACCCUGGCAGCAUAUGAAUGUGGCUCGGUGGAUUUCCCCGAACCACCCUAUCCGGACCAGAUAGUCUGUCCCCAGCACGAAACAUCAGAACAAGGCUCUAAUGCUGAGCAGGUGGGCGUGGAGGCCGCGGGGGUAGGGUCAGCAGCCUUCCAGGGAAGCAUCUCUCUCUGGACCAUCAUCUCUAAAGUCCGCCUGGAAGCUUGUAUGUGGGGCGCGGGUACUGCUAUAGGAGAGCUUCCUCCCUACUUCAUGGCCCGGGCUGCACGGCUCUCCGGCGCUGACCCUGAUGAUGAGGAUUACCAGAAGUUUGAGGAGAUGCUUGACCAGACCCAAUCUGCACAGGACUUUGCCACCAGAGUCAAAGUAGCAGUGCAGAAACUCAUCCAAAAGGUCGGAUUCUUUGGGAUUUUAGCCUGUGCUUCUAUACCAAAUCCCUUGUUUGACUUGGCAGGAAUAACAUGUGGACAUUUUCUUGUUCCUUUCUGGACAUUUUUUGGUGCAACACUCAUUGGGAAAGCAGUCAUCAAAAUGCACAUUCAGAAACUGUUUGUGAUCAUCACCUUCAGUAGGCACAUAGUGGAGCAGAUGGUCUCCCUCAUCGGAGCUGUUCCACUGCUGGGUGCGGCACUGCAGAAGCCCUUCAGGGAGUACUUGGAGGCCCAGAAGGCCAAGCUGCACCAUCGUGCCGGAGAGGGGAUCCCAACUGAGGAGAACUGGCUGUCGUGGCUCUUUGAGAAGGUUGUGGUCAUCAUGGUAUGCUUCUUUGUCUGCUCCAUUGUCAACUCCAUGGCCCAGAGCUACGCCAAGCGCAAGCAGCAGGGGAAGUACUCGGAGGACAAGACGGAGUGAAGGCCAGCUAGCGAUCACGGCAAGCCAUCAGCUUCAGAAGCUCCCACCACUCCUCUCCUCAUUUCUGCUCUCCCUACUAGCUGAUACCCCACCAUUAUCUCAAGCAAAAUAUCAGUCCCCAUCUGGUUUCUCUCUUGUUAUUGUAGCAACAUGUUGAUGUUGAACUUGGACUUCAAUUUACUUGCUUUUUAAGGCUUUACAUUUGGUAGUGAUUUCUGCGAUUGUUCUCUGUAAGGUAGGUGCUUGUUGGGUUACGUAUGAGUGUGUGUAAGCUGUUGUGUUGUUAAAGUGUCCCAGUUGGUGCUUUUAGUAGGUCCAGAGCACGUGAGAAGAAUCUGCUGGCAAUAAUUCUCCUCAGUGAGGCCUUAAGCUACACUGUUCGUUCCACUACAACAAUAUUAAAAGUCUUAUAUCUUCAUAGAGUCACUUGAAUUCACUUUAUUUGAAUAAGCUACGAUUGUUAGUGUUGAUUAUGUGGUGAGACUUCUGUAAAACCAGCAUAUUAUUUGUUUGGUAACUUAUUUAUGAUUUCUAUUUGCACAUUUAUUAAUAAGAUAUUCUGUAUUUAUUACAGUUAAGAGUUGUUGUGCAGUGUUGGUUGUGGUUAGACAAGACAAGUAAAUGGACUGUGAAUAAUUGUGCCCUCUUCAGAUCCACCUCAUUUCUACAUAUUGUAGAGCACUAAGUCAGUUGUAGAGAAGAUGUUAAUGAAUGUUUCCAACUGUUCAUGGUGCUUUAGAUGACCACUUCUUUUGUGUGUGCAGUAAAGCUCAUUUUGGUAGUUUUGGAUGAGAAAUGAUAAAUCGUCCAUGAAUCACCCUGCUGGUCCCUUUGUCUGCCCUUAUUGUUCUGCUUCCAGGAAGAGAGCACAUGAGUCAGCCUGGGGCUACUUUACCAGAUGCAGCCAUAUAUUGAAUCAGAUCCACGACUGUGUGUGAGAGAGUGUGUGCGUGCCUGUGUGUGAGACAGUGAGCGAGACAGAGAUAGUAGGUUGCGUUUGCGUGGCUGCCACAUUUGUUGCUCUCUCUCUCUCUUUUAUCUUUUAUGGAUUAGAGCAGAUUGUGCUCCACUAAUAGACCAGGAGUCUGCCUGGAAGUCUUAGUAUGGCAGAUUGUUGCUGUUCGCUUUAACUUAGGGACAGACUGUGUCAUGGUAAGUGUUCUUUGUCCUCACUUGUCCACGGAGCUUUUUUAAAAAUCAUUUUUACCUACGAUGAGAACAGAAAGCUCGUGUUUGACAAUACGUGAACGGCUCAUUAAAGAAAACUCGGGAUUUCAUACGAUCAGUGUUCCUUUUUUGCCUUUUUGUGUUCAUUGGAUAACGUCAGCUGGCUCUCUAUAUAUGCAGUACCUUCUUUUUUCCAUAAUUGCCAGUGAAAUGUGCUAUUUUCUUCUCCCUCUCUGUACCGCUGCUGUGCUACGCUGGACUGAGCGCAGUGGGCGCUAGAGCAGGCACCAGCAGGAGGGGGAAAAAAAACCCUCAAGCGCACAGUAAAAAGCGUCUGUGCCGUUACCUUAGCUGAACCUUCGAAUGAACUCGUUGCACUGCCCCAGUCACGGAGCCAGGAGACGAAUCACUCGAGUAGAUUCAAAACAGAGGGGUACUGUUGAGCGGGCUGAACCCUGCGCUCUGCACCAGCUCUAGUCAGAACAUUCACAUCUCCUCUUUUCUCCUGUCAUGGUAAGUAGGAUUAGGAUUCUUUUUUUUUCCAUUGUUGUCGUCUCUGUACAUGCGUACGUCUCAGGCAUGUCCGUCACUCUCUCGGCCUGUCAGAUAGCUUAUCAGACUGGUGUUGGCUGUUAAGAUUGCAAGGCGACAACAGUCUGUAGGCUGUCUGACAUUUCGGGCUCUUUCAUCUGACCAGCAUCCUGUUUUGUCCUCCUUCUGUUACUGUCAUUGUCACAGUUAGCAUCAGUUCCCAUUUAGAGGUGUGUGCUGCGAUGUCACUUCCCUUUAUCCCAACCGCUUGUGAAACGUCGGGGACAUGGGUCUAUUGUUUAUUUCCUCCAUGCUGACGUCUGUGGGGGUUUUUAUGUGGUUUUAUGUGGGGAACUGUGUUUUCACAUGUUUGCAAAUGCAGAUGUAGUGAUGUCAGUAGUGUAGCUCUGUACAUGUGUACGUGUGUGCGUGCGCGCGCGCGCGUGCGUGUGUGUGAGUUGGCUCCGUCCUCUUGAAUUUCCAGAGAAUCCAGACAGUACACACCUUAUUGCAACACAUCACAUUGUGACACCCAGUCCUAGGUAUGGUACACACAGUGCUCACCCAGCUCUCCCCUUCCCUUUUACACUUCCCUCUUCUCUUUUUCUCAGUACUUUCUUCUGUUGCUCAAUAUGCACUUUUUUUGUAGGAGGCUGCAUUUUAUUGGAACAACUCUCUUGAGGGGGUGUUUUUCUAAGGGCCACAAAUUGGUAAUUAUACAAAGCUGAAAAUCAUUGCUUGACCAGUGGAUACUUUUGCCGCAAAGCCUCAGUUUUAUUUUUGAUUCUUCUUUUUUUUCUACAAUAGAGCAAAAGUGUAAAACUUUUUCCUGGUCAUAAAAGCAAAAUCAUUGGAUAACACUGGAAUGGCUCGCUGGCUUAGAGAGUGUUUUUCUUGGCAGUUUCAGGAUGUCCUGUUCCAUAAGGGAGCCCCCUUUUGGCAUGCCUGUCUGAGUGUGUGUGUGUGUGUGUGUGUGCAUGUUUGUCUAGAAAUUCUGUUUAUAUUUCUAUGUGUAAGUGCCUGUAUUUCUUGUCUAAUAGAUGUCUGUAACUGGGCUAUUUUAAAAGUGUAUGCACUGUUUUUUUCUGCUUUCACUAUAAAUAAAGUCUGUUAAAAAGAG